UCGAUUUCUAGGGAUGCCAGAUAAGGUGGACUGAGCAAACCUCUUCUCCAACAUCCUCAACACUGCUGCUGUUCGUGCAACUUUGUUAAAUAUUUAUAUCAAUUUUAUUAGUCUUUUUGGACUCGAAAGUGUCUUAUUUCCAUCCCAUGAUGAGCAAACUGGUCCUGACGUCAUCUGCGCUGCUUCUGCUGCUGUGUGUCUGUGUCAACCUGAGUCAAAGCAGUCCCAUGAGGUGCUGUACCAUGUAUUCAAUACAUUCUCUGCCUCUCAACCGACUGAUGGACUACACCUUGCAGGACACCACUAAGGCCUGCAAUAUCAAGGCUGUCAUUUUUACUACAAUAAAGAACAGACAAAUCUGCGCUAAUCCUGAUGACCCGUGGGUUCAGAAAGCCAUUUCACACAUCCAGAUGAAAAAUAAGUCGGCCUAAUGUGGACCGUCAAAUCUUACAGAACAAACCAUCAGUGAUUGGCUAGAAUUGAUUUUUAUAGUAAUGUAAAUUAAGAUAGUAUUGACAGCAACAAUGAAUGUUUAUCCUGAAUUGAUCGUGAUUUUUGAACUCUGCACAUUUGUAUCAUUAUUAUUAUAUAAAUAAAUUGUUUUUACAGCAA